AUGCGCUGCAUUGCUACCCAAUCUUUCAUCUUCCACCCCAACACUGCCUCGGGCGCGUCACCUCGCCAGCCCUCGCCCGUCUCGCACCCGCGCAUUGCUUCCGCUCUGCCACCUCAUCAUCGCCAUCAUAACCAGCUUGUUAUUUCCGUUGCAUCUACUCGCGGCAACUUAGCUCCCUUCCAGCGCGCAGCUCUUCCCGAUCCUCACCAAGCUCCUGUUACCCCUCCGCCAUCCAGCGCCCAUCUGGGGCGAGCUCCCACCUCUCCCGAACCCAUCAGCACCACCAUUACCACUACCAGCACCAAUCCCACCAAUACUGGUGACCUUUACGAACCCUUUCAUUGCAGUAAACACGAUGACCGCUGGUUGGAGCUCCUCGCCCUGGACGUCGAGUACACGCACGUGCAGCUGCCGGACGGCUCCCGUCAAAGCUUGGCAACCUGGGUAUGCCUCGUGGACCGCUUCGGCGGUGUACCCCUGAAGUCGUACGCCGCCCUGCCAGAUAGUGAAGGCGGUGACGGCAAAGAAGGGCAGCUGCCAGCAGGCACACGCAUCGUGGGAGGCGUGCCGCGUGCCGCACUUGUCGCCGCGCCGCCGCUGUCUCGCGUAAGAGAAAUGGUUCUGGAGCUGCUCUGCAGCGGCGGCUGCCGCGUGCUCGUGGGCCACGGCCUGACUAAGGAUCUGCGCGCGCUGGGCAUUGGCGAGCGCGUGGCGACGGCGCUUCGGCGGCGCCAUGGUGUACGACUGUACGACACGAUGUCAUUCAGCAAGUUUCGCGGGCGCGGCGGCACUGCGCGGUCACUGGCGCGGCUGGCGGCGGAGUUUCUUGACGGUCGACGGAUUCAGAAUGGUACGGCAGCGGCGGGGGCGAAGGGCGCCGGCGGGGGUAGCGCCGGUGGACGGCACGACCCUGAGGAAGACGCGCGUGCCGUACUGGAUCUGUACGUGCGGUACGUAGAUUAUUCGUACAUGGUAGAGUACGAGACGGCGCGGAUGCUGGAAGAAUACCGUCGUCGCAGCAGCAGCAGCAGCGGCAGCGCAACGGCAACAGCUGAGGAGGAGGCGGCUGCCACAAUGGAAGACGCCGCGCACGUCAGGCGUGCAGACGAUGGGGAUUCUGGCGCGGCGGGUUUGGAUUCUGCCCCCUAG